AUGUUGACCCCCGCGGACAAGGCUUGGAUCAAACUCAAGUCGAUCUAUCUCCGGAUAACAUUGUCGAAGUUCACGACCGCAUUUUUCCUGUUCUCCUUCGCGCAAUGCUUUUCACAAGGGAUCAUACAGUCAUUCCUCUAUUCGAUCGAUUCCGAUGCUUCAUCCCUGACCACUAGUGUUCUGGAGCAAAGCAACGUCACAUGGAAGAAUGAAUUGGCGUGGUUAACUCGCCCCAACUCGACCUACAGGCUCGAGCUCUGCCAUCACAUUCCAUAUGGGGCAUCAUCCGACCCUUGCAUCCCGGUCUACGAAACUGGCUCGAAUGCCACGUAUAAUUUCACGGGCUAUCGCAAACGAGACCGGGUCACGGCGUCCGAUCUAGCUCGUCUCCCUGACAUCUCACAUCCCGGACGUACUAAAGAUGGGACGACCGUCAAAGCGGUGUUCGACAACAAAACCGGGGAUAUAACUGGUGUCGAGCUGGACAAAAACAAUGAUAAGGUAACCUUGAACCUGCAGUGCGCCCGGGUUUUGAUAUAUCCGGACCAAGUUCUCAAAAACUCGCGAAGAGAAGAGCUCGCUCUGAUCGGCUCUCAAUUCUGGCUCUUCCUUAUCGGUUUUCAUGCGGUGGUCUACGAGUCAGCACCACAUCUGCUCGCCGUAUUCUUCACCCGCGUGAUACAAUCCGGCUGGUCGGCCUACUCGAUCUGGCGCACUAAAGACAUCCAUCGGCGUUUUAACCAUCUUAUCAUCAACCCUGAGACGCCGUGCCACACCAAAAAGCUGUUCCCGACGUACUUCUCGCAGCGCCUGGCGUGGCAAAUACCCGAUUUGGUGCUCAACCUGGUCUCACUGUUGGUUACAGCCUACCUCGGCUGGAAGCUCGUCCGGCUGUACAACCAACACGCCUUCAAGCGCGUCGGCCCUCCCAAGCACAUUGUUCGCAUCUACCGGUUCUUCCUUGCGAUCUGGGUCUGCUUGCAGCUCUCCGUCUUCUUCCUUGUGACCUUGAUGGGCCUAUGGGUCGACCAGCUGGUGAACAGUGCUGUCAAGCACGUGUCGUCGCACACUACCAUAUACUUCGCGGCCUUCCUGUUCACGCUUAUCUGUCUCAUACCGUGGAUCACCCUGGGAUGGUACUCCGUGAGUCGAGAGAUGAAGCGCAUGAUGGUCGUCUUCCUCGUCAUCAACCUCGCCUUCCUCGGCUGCUGGGCGGCCAUGUUCGACUCGCUCGUCUUCCGCUGGACGUUCGUACAGUGGCCCUUCCUCGGCUGCAUGUCCGUCGCCGCGCUCAUCUUCCUCACGGCCUCCUUCGUCCUCGGUGUCGUGUGCUGGAGGAAGUUCGGCGAGGGUCUCGCACAGUAUCUGCACGUCGAAAACAUGCUGGAAGACAUGGACUUCGAGCCGGAGGUGUUCCAGACCGACGUCGAGAAGGCCAAGAUCUCGCCGUCCGACAAGUGGGAACCGACGAUGAGCCCGAUCGACGUCACCUUACCCUCGGUCGCCUACUUCCCUACAACACCAAAGUAG